CUUUAGGAGAGCAAGUCGAAGGCUGAAGACAAGAGCAGAAGGCACUGCAAGAGUGUAGACGGGAUUCUUGACAUUUUACAUCUUGACUUUAUCAGACAGAAUGUCUCUUCCUCCCACAAGCAUCCCCGCAAACUCCAGCUGUGAGGCUAUACAGGAAUGCCAAAACAACGCAAAUAGCACUGCGUGUUCUUUGGACAACAAGGGAUGGACCGUCAUGAUAACAGUCUAUAUCCUGAUCGUCGCUGUGCUGGGAAUCAUGUUUAAUCUGUUCGUCGUGAUGGUAUUCUGUCUCCACAAGAAGGCCUGCACUGUGCCUGAGAUCUACUUGAGUAACUUGGCUGCUGCUGACUUCAUCCUGUCGUCCUUUCUGCCCUUCUGGGCUGUGUAUACAGCCAACAAAUUCUCCUGGCCCUUCGGUAGUACCAUGUGCCAAAUAGCCGCUCUUUGCAUCGUAAUGAACGCCUACUGUAGCAUCUACUUCCUCGUUCUGGUCAGCAUAGAUCGUUACUUGGCACUGGUGCACCCGCUGUCCCAUGAAAGAAUGCGCAGGCCAAAGUAUGCCAAACUGGCUUGUCUGCUGGUGUGGGCUUUGGGCUUGCUCCCCGGGGUUCCUGUACUCAUGUAUAGGAAAGUGGAAUACAAUCCUUGCACGAAUAAAUAUAUAUGCUUUAUUGCAUACCCAAGUACCAAGAUAGAGCUGCUGUCUGAGGCUAUGCUGAUUACGUUCAGCUUCAUCAUCCCCAUUUUCAUUAUUUCCUUCUGCACUUUCAAAAUUAUUCGAGCUCUGAAUCACAGGUUAAAUGCCCAGAAUACGGAGCAUAAGGCCACCACUCUGGUCCUGGCGGUCCUCUUGUCAUUCCUGGUCUGCUGGGUGCCAUUCCACCUGGUGAAGAUAAUAGAAAUGCUUCUUAUUGCCAAGGUCUUGGAAGGGUGUGACCUUUGCAGACACAUAGAAGCCGCCAAACUGAUAGUCAUUUACUUAGCCUUCUUCAACAGUGUUCUCAACCCCAUCCUCUACGUCAUUGUGGGAAAAAAAUUCAGAAAAAAAGUAAAGGAAGUCUUCAAGCAGUGGAGCGCUGGGAGAACAUCGACCCUCAGCCUCAACUCUGUACGCUCAUACCUGUCGAGAAGUGAUAAAAGUGGGGAUGUCUCGGGCAGAUCUGCUAGACAGCAAUCCUUUAAAUAAGCAUGCAUGUUUAUUUUAGAUGCAUGACGUAACCUUUGGAGGGUUACCCAUUAGAUCCUGUUCAUUAUGGUAGGGUUUGAACCCUCCCGCUUUCAUUAUUUGCUCCAGUUGGACCAUAAUCCAGGGCUUUAGGUAAGAGGAGGGAGAGUGUAUGUGUUCAAUGUAUGCUGUCACACUACGCUUCUCACCUUGCUUGGAUCUUUUCCCAGUUUUAAACCUUCCUUGACACACUCGCACAUCCUCAAGUCUUUGAUGAUUAGAUGUGUUCACACACUUUCAAAAUUCACUUGAGUGCGUCCGGCCUGUUUCAUCUGGGCAACACUUCAGGAGGAAAGUAAGGCAGGGGGAGGACAAGAAAUCAACACCAAAGACGUCAACGCUCCGUGGUGUCAACGGACCACAAGAAACUAAGUGUGUGGCCAUUUUUAAUGCAAUGGCUCAGAUUCGUCUCUCUCUCUCUCAUGACAUCCUGUUGACAUUUCGUAGGCCACCACUUCUGGUGCAACUCUAAAGGAUAUGGACCUCAAAUUAAUGCAUUUGCCAUUCUAACACUUAUGCCCCAACUGUUGUUUCAUUGAAAAUGCUUUCAGACUUAACACAAUAAUAAUACUGCUACAUAAUUAAACAGUACUGUGUUUUAUACUGCAGAGGUAAUGGGCACAAAACUAAGAUAAUGGAAGUAAUGUAUAAAAGAGGCGGAAACAAAGUGUUUAAAGUCUUAAUAUGACAAUUUAAUUGUAGGAUGUUCCAUGUGGCUAUGUGUGUCUGAAUCUAUUUCUCCAUAGAUAGUGUUGCUCUUACUGAUAUUUUAAGGCUAGAUCAAACCCUGCCAUAUUAUAUAUCCAUGUAAUAUUACUGUAACCCUCUAACCGUAACCUUUCUGUCUGACACUGUAACUCUUGCAUUUUCUUUUCCUUUGACUCUAAAAAACAUUACCACCUACACACUGUGUGCACAUUUGCAUACAUUUGUUGAUUUGUGCAGUUUGUUUACUUCAGUCACACAUUCACAGUAACCUGAAUAGUAGUGACCCAACAAUGACAAUGUUUUUACUGCUGAUGAGAAAUUUGGUGUUGAAAAUAAGCAAAAAAUAAAUAGAAAUAAAAAGAAAAUGUAAAUAUUUGCUUUACAGUCAAAGUGCACCAAACUUACACUAAAGUCUGUUUACAUGUCUUGACAUUUGAAAGUGGGAAUGAGACGAUUUCUCUGGUUCUGCUGCACCCAUUUUAAUGUUCCAGAGGCGCAAUGCUAAGUCAGUGGAGAACCCAGUUAAUGUUCUCAUACUCAGAGAUUUUAUUUUCAUUCAGCACAUCACAGAUCACUGUCACAACUUUAUAUAGUCAGGUUCAACCUUGUUUUUCCACAAGACAGUCUCUCAUGGUAACUGCAUUUCUUGAAAUGUCUGUAUUACUCUGUACUUAGACUGCUUAAAUACAAUGUACAU